AAAGGGUUCAUUUUUGCCUACAGCUCCAUGGCUUCAAGUCAUAAGCCUCUUUGAUAGUCAAUCUCAGCUCAGCCCACCACUGAUAGGUAUUGCCGACGCGUUUCUUACAUCAUAGCAUCAUUGAUCAUCGACAGGGACAUUGUGUUUGAAAAUUCUGCAGGGAAGAAGACGAACGAUGAAUCCAACGCAAGCGAGAGCGGCUGAAUAAUUUAACGCUCGGAGUCUAAAUAGCUUAAAUAAUUACCGCAAGAAGCAAUGGACUUGCAUGUUUCAAUAUACCAUACAAAUUCAAUUGGCGGGCUCCAGCUAUUUUGUAACAAAACAAACCAUCCUGUGCCACUAAGCUUUUUCUUGAUCUCAUCUAUUCAAGUCCUAGCUAAACAGCAUUGACUUUGGCAUCGUUUACCUCUGUUGCAUGUAGCAAUAAAGGGACAUGAAAGGCCAAGAUUUUUAUUCUAAUCCCACUGGGACUAUUUGCAACUUUUUUAGAUCCAUUCAAAGUAGUUCAUUUCUUACCUUUUCUUCUUUUUGACAUAUAGAUUAUGUUCUCAUUUGAAUAUAAGGAAGUUGCUUCAUGAAUUGCGAAUUGGUUGAUGUCAAAUGGAUGCUGUUCUUUGUUAUGCAAAUUUAGAAGCAGAAACCAAAUAAUUUCCUGGUCUUUUACUCUUGAACUCCCUGAAGCCUUUGGUUGAUCUCGCAAAUGGGUUCAGCCGUUUGGUUAUUUUUGCUAGUGGUUUCUAUUCAUAUCUAUAUCGUUGCAGCUGAAACAGACCCUGAUGAUAUUCGCUAAGAGCUGUCAUGAGUGAGUGGAAAAAUGUACCAUCUAAUUGGGGGAGAGGGGAUCCUUGUGAUGAUAAAUGGGUUGGAAUUGGGUGCACUGGUUCUCGUGUGACCUCAAUAAAUCUGCCAAACAUGAAAUUGGAGGGAGGGCUGGUAGGAGAUAUUUUCUUCCUAUCUGAGUUAAAAGAAUUGGAUCUAUCUUACAACAAAGGUCUCAGGGGAAUUCUUCCACCAGCGGUUCAAAACUUAAAGAAGCUAGAAAACUUAAUCUUGGUUGGUUGUGGUUUCUCUGGUCAGAUUCCCGAUACAAUAGGAUCUUUGCCACAGCUGAGGAUCCUAUCUCUAAAUUCUAAUGCCUUCUCUGGGAAUAUUCCACCGUCCAUUGGUAAUUUAUCAACUCUUAAUUGGUUAGAUAUGGCUGACAACCAACUUGAAGGAGAAAUUCCAGUCUCGAAUGGAUCCACUACACCAGGGCUUGACUGGUUGAUUCAUACCAAGCACUUGUAUGUCAUUUUUCUUUGUUUUUUAUGUAUGUUUAGUUGGGUUUUUUUUUUGCCAAUAUUCUAUUUUCUUCAUAUAGUAAUGAUGUUCUCCAUUUUCGACAGCCAUUUCGGGUUGAAUAAACUCUCUGGUCCAAUUCCACGCAAACUUUUCAGUUCAGAUAUGACUCUAAUACAUGUGCUAUUUGAAAACAACAUGCUCUCUGGGCCUCUUCCUACGACACUUGGGCUUGUGAAAACUCUGGAGGUGGUGCGCUUUGACAACAAUUCACUAGAGGGGGAUCUUCCAUUGAAUCUCAACAACCUUACAAGCGUUCAAGAUCUGUAUUUGUCCAACAACAAGCUGACUGGGCCUCUGCCUAACCUUACUGGCAUGAGCAGAUUGAACACCUUAUACUUGAGUAAUAAUAGUUUUGAUUCAUCAGAUGUUCCUUCAUGGUUUCCGACCCUGCUGUCCUUAACAACAUUAAUGAUGGAACGUACUCAACUUAAAGGUCAAAUUCCUGCCUCAUUCUUUAAUCUUCUACAAUUGCAGACUGUGGUACUAAAACAAAAUGAACUUGAUGGUUCCUUUGAUAUUGGCCCAAGCUUUAGCAACCAGCUGCAGAUCAUAAAUUUGCAGGGUAAUUCCAUUACGAGUUUCAAUAACACUGGCGGACCUAUCAGUUUUGACAUAGUACUUGUAGACAAUCCAGUGUGCCAGGAGACAGGAGCAGAAGCAAAUGAUUACUGUAGCUUACCUCAACCAGACUCCUCGUCUGUGUAUACAACCCCUCCAAUGAACUGUGUGCCUAAUUCAUGUGGUACUGGUCAAAUUUCCAGCCCCAGAUGCAUAUGCGCGUAUCCAUAUACAGGAACACUACAAUUCAGAGGCCUUUACUUCUCGAACUUGCGAAAUGAAACUCCAUAUGAAAGUCUUGAACAGAAUUUGACACGGUUCUUCCGGUUCCCUGAAUUACUUGUGGAUACUGUUUCACUAAGUAAUCCACGGAUGGAUCAACAUCAGUAUCUUCUUUUGGACCUUUAUUUAUUUCCAUAUGGCCAAGAUAGGUUCAAUAGAUCUGGAAUUUCAAAGAUUGCAUCUGCCCUUAGCAGUCAGGAUUACAAGCCACCUGAACAGUACUUUGGACCUUAUGUUUUCACUGGUGCUGCUUAUGAGUACUUUUCUGAUGGACCUGCACACUCAAACAAAUCAAGUGCUGGCAUCGCAAUAGGAGCAGCAGUUGGUGCUUCAGUGCUUUUUAUACUAUUAGUGAUUGCUGGGAUUUAUGCUUAUCGUCAGAGGAAGAGAGCAGACAGAGCAACCAAAGAGAGCAACCCUUUUGCACACUGGGAUCCUAAGAAGAGCAGUGGUAGCAUUCCUCAGUUAAAAGGAGCAAGAUGCUUUUCUUUUGAAGAGCUUAAGAAGUACACCAAAAAUUUUUCAGAAGCCAAUGAUAUUGGCUCGGGGGGUUAUGGAAAGGUUUAUAGAGGAACUCUACCCACUGGUGAGCUCGUUGCCAUCAAACGAGCUCAGCAAGGAUCAAUGCAGGGUGGACUGGAAUUCAAAACAGAGAUUGAGCUUCUAUCUAGAGUUCAUCAUAAAAAUGUUGUUAGUCUAUUGGGAUUUUGCUUUGAGCGAGGUGAACAAAUGCUAGUAUAUGAGUAUAUUCCUAAUGGCUCACUUAGUGACAGUCUGUCAGGGAAGUCAGGAAUCAGAUUGGACUGGCCCAGGCGACUGAAAAUAGCCCUUGGUGCAGCUAAAGGUGUGGCAUACCUUCACGAGCUGGCAAAUCCCCCCAUUAUUCACAGGGACAUCAAGUCCACUAACAUCUUAUUAGAUGAACGCUUAAAUGCUAAAGUUGCUGAUUUUGGUCUCUCCAAACCUAUGGGUGACAGUGAGAAGGGUCAUGUUAGCACUCAAGUGAAGGGUACGAUGGGUUAUUUGGAUCCUGAAUAUUAUAUGACCCAACAGUUGACUGAGAAGAGCGAUGUUUAUAGCUUUGGAGUGCUGAUGCUGGAAAUAAUAACCGCGAGAAGACCAAUAGAGCGAGGGAAAUACAUAGUAAGGGAGAUGAGAAUGUCGAUGGACAAAACGAAAAGCUUGUAUAACCUCCAACAGAUUCUUGAUCCAGCCAUUGGUUUUGGUACAUCGUCCAAAGGCUUGGAGAGGUUUGUAGAACUGGCAAUGAGAUGUGUAGAAGAAUCAGGAACUGACAGGCCUACCAUGGGUGAAGUGGUGAAGGAGAUUGAAAACAUUAUGCAGAUGGACGGCAUGAAUCCGAAUGCAGAAUCAGCAUCAAGUUCAGCAACUUACGAGGAUGCAACAAAGGGAGCUGAUCUCCAUCCGUACGAUAACGAUUCUUUUGCUUACAGUGGAGCCUUCCCUCACUCAGCUGCCAAGAUAGAGCCCCAUUAAAUGUGGGUUUCUUUUACCAUGUUUUGUUAGCAAUGAACUUAGUAACAGUGAGAGCUGCUUCUGUUUUUUUUCCCUUCCACUGAAUGGUGACUUACAAACUCAAUCAUGUGGGAUCUUAUUCUUAUUUGUUGGAUAUUAUUAUGAUGUAACUUUUAUUAGAAAGAAUUCUUUUUUUGUAAAUAGGUAAUGCGACUGUUGAUUCAA